AUGAGGCCACAUAAUGUCCCUGAAGAUCACAUCUACCUGAAGGCAUUCCCUUUUUCAUUGGAGGAUCUUGCCAAGGACUGGUUGUACUAUCUGGCUCCUGGUUCAAUAACAAGCUGGGAUGACUUGAAGAGAGUGUUCCUCGAAAAAUUCUUCCCUCCAUCCAGGACCACUACAAUCCGGAAAGACAUAUAUGGAAUUAGGCAACUCAUGGGGGAGAGCUUAUACGAGUACUGGGAGAGAUUCAAGAGGCUGUGUGCUAGCUGCCCUCACCAUCAAAUUUUUGAGCAGCUAUUAUUGCAGUACUUCUAUCAGGGGUUGAAUAUAAUGGAUAGAAGCAUGAUUGAUGCAGCUAGUGGAGGAGCUUUAGGAGAUAUGACACCUGCUUCUGCUAGAGGGCUGAUUGAAAAAAUGGCGUCCAACUCACAACAAUUCAAUAUGAGGAGUGAUGCCAUAGUUGUGAGGGGUGUGCGUGAUGUGGUAGCCUCAGAUUCCACUGAACAUAAGAAGCUGGAAAGUAAGAUUGAUGCUCUCACCACCUUGGUUUCACAACUGGCUGCAAAUAAAAAAUCAGCUCCACCACCAGCAAAAGUAUGUGGCAUCUGCACUUCAAUUAGUCAUCCAACAGAUGUUUGCCCCUCCUUGCAAGACUCUUCUACAAGUCCUGAUGCCCCACAAGCAUAUGCUGCUAACAUUUACAACAACAGACCUCCACACCAGCAGCAACAUAAUUAUGAUUUGUCUUCCAAUAAAUACAAUCUUGGUUGGAGGAGUCAUCCUAACUUGAGGUGGGGAAACUCUCAGCAGCAGCAGCAGCAAAAUCCAUAA